CGCGGAACCCAUGAGAGCCGACAUGUCUCACCUCCAGCAACCACGCGCAACGCUUACCCGUCCCAGCACCGAAAUGCGGGGCUCGGUUCACUUGACGGCCGAAGAGAACGAGACGGUCGUGUCGGCCUGCAGGGAUCGCAAAUGGCAGGUCAUUGCAAUGGGCAUAGCGGAAAUCUACCAGUCGGGACCACCUCCAAGGCAUGACCGGUGGCAGCGGUGCUGCUGUGGUGUCGUCUGCUUCAUCAAGGACAAUAUUGCGAGGGCGUUCUACAUCCGCCUCUUCGACUUCGAUAGGCGUGACUUUGUUUGGGAGCAGGAGCUCUUUGUUGAAUUCACAUACAAAACUCGUCUUCCGUACUUUCAUACCUUUGAGGCAGACGAUUGCCAAGCGGGUGUUAAUUUUGCGUUUGAAGAUGAAGCGGCGAACUUCGGAAAUGCUAUCGAAGAGAAGCUGCGAUCUCGGCGUCAGAAACGGGAAGAGAGGAAUAGGUUACAAAUGGCAGCCAAGAAUGAUCAGUCCUUUCCGGUGCAUGAUCGUCAGAUUCCUACAUGUCCCAGUACAAAUGGUGUAUUAAGCCAGCACAAUAAGAAAUCGUCAAAGUCGAGCAACAAGAAGGGUAAGAAGCAGAAGGAGAGGAAGUACACAAAGGCUGACAUCAGCAACCCAACCGACUUCAAACACAUUCAGCAUGUUGGCUGGGAUCCCGACAAGGGAUUUGAUUUGGAGAACUAUGUUGACAGCAAAGAGCUCAACACUUUGUUUGAGAUGGCCAUGGUCACAGAAAAGGACCUCAAGGAGCCUGGGACACGGCAGUUCAUCUACGAUUUCAUUGCAAAGAACGGUGGAGCCGACAUGAUCAAGGGAACGGCCGCCAAGACAGGCCACGCAGCAACCCCUGCUGCACCUCCUGCGGUGCCUUCGAGGGAGCACACGAGUGGGCCCCCGAGCCGGCCUCCUCCAACCCCUCACCCUCAUGCUCCACCCCCACCAAACGGGUCAGUGCCAAGAUCGGUCCCACCCCCACCGCCAGCACGAACUGGACAGACACGUGCACCACCAACCCCACUGAGCAAUGGCAGGAUGCGCUCCGCAGCCUCCCCUCAGGCGGCCCCACCCCCGCCUCCGCCACCUCCUCCCCCCAGCAUGGGGGGCGGAGCCCCACCUCCCCCACCCCCGAUUCCAGCGGCCUCAGCUGCCAAUGGGAUAGGAGGGGGAGGAGCGGGCGGAGCUGGCCAGGACGCUCGAGGAGCGCUGCUGGAGCAGAUUCGCAAGGGCAAGGCGCUCAAUCACGUUGACCCAGAGACGGAGUCCACGCACAGCACACAUAGCAACCCAGAUGCUCGUGAAGCAUUGUUGGACCAAAUUCGUGGGGGCAUAAGGCUUAAGCUGUGA